AUGGGUGGUCUCAGCAGUUUCGAGGCAUGGAAACAAGCCGUGCAGAAGAAGAGAGGCGGCCGCCCAGAAGCUUUGAUUGCCGUCCUUGCUCGCAGCGCGGGUUGGUCAGCUUCAUCAAGCACUGUGGAACGGGGUUUCGCGCAUGCCAAGGCUUUGAAGGGUGACGGCAAGAGCCAGGAUAACAAUUUGGAGGAUGAGCAGGAUUGCCUAGUCAUCGCUCAAGAUGUGCGGCCUGGGCUGUCGGACCCGGCCGAGAAGAGUUUGCUUCAGAGCGCAGCAGCAGUGUGGCGCUCAAGCUGCGGCCGCACACGGUCGAGUGGCGAAUCUCGACAGAAGCGUUGGGAUGCUGGCAUUGCAAGGCCGCAUCGCACGAAGAAGGAGAGCGAGAGUGGUUUUUUGCAAGCAAGAUCUGCAAUCGUGGACCAGGCCGCCAGCUCAGAGGCAGGGCCCAUCGCUCGAUUGCCCAAGACGGUUACAUCUGCUGACAGCAUCAUCGCGUCCUUGACACCAAAGCUGUUGCAAGAGAUUGAUUUCAAUGAAGAGAAAGAAGCCAAGGCCAAAGUAGAAGCGUAUUUGCAAGGCCAUCUUCUGCCUGCAGAGAUCACGCAAGAUCUGGUGGACAAGUCCACUGUGUUCCUACAGAAGAUUGCUAAGGCGCAGCGUGAGCGCAACAACCAGAACAGAAACGUGAAAGCCAAAGUUCUGAAGGACCAGGCUCCAUGGGACCCGAAUGUGCAAGUGUUCUCAACAGUUCCUGGCUACCGUGUGCCCUACCACUGCAGGGAGGUGACCAUUAUGAGGCAGGCCGAGCUCAUCGUGGUGCAAGACCCAGCCAGCGCAGCGGGGAACGCCAGGUUCGUAGCCGGCCUGCUGGGGGCCAGGCUUUGCACACCAGACUACGUGAAUAGCCGAGGUGAGCGUGGCUCAUGCUUGGCGUUUCGCAGGGCCACCAGCAUCUACCGAAAAGUGUUCAUCACUGAUGCUUUCAUGGGGGAAAACUUGGAUAUUGCUCAAGAUCUCAGUCAUGCCUUAUCAAUGGACAACUGCAGAUGGCAACUGCAGCCCAACAUGCCUGUGGGGAGGGCAAAUCAGCAGACCCUCGUCCUCCGUGGCUCUGCAGAGGCCUGCCCUGGUGUGAAGCUGGCCUUGAACAUCAGCGAGGUGCUACAGCAAUCUCUUCGGCGAGAUGACGUUUGCUGUCCGCGGGUACUGCUGCCUGAGCAGCACAAGGGGGUGGGUUUGAGUCCAGAUGGAAAUCUUCACGGCGCAGCAUGGCGGCUUCCCCAGCACGAAGUGCCAGCAUUCCGGUGA